CGCGCCCCGCGCCCCGCGCCGCCUGCCCGGCCCCUUCCUCGGCGCGCCCGGGCCGGCCAUGGCGCUCAACAACUUCCUCUUCGCGCAGUGCGUCUGCUACUUCCUGGCCUUCCUCUUCAGCUUCGUGGUGGUGGUGCCGCUGUCCGAGAACGGCCACGACUUCCGCGGCCGCUGCCUGCUCUUCACCGAGGGCAUGUGGCUGAGCGCCAACCUGACGGUGCAGGAGCGCGAGCGCUUCACGGUGCAGGAGUGGGGCCCGCCGGCCGCCUGCCGCUUCAGCCUGCUCGCCAGCCUCCUCUCGCUGCUGCUCGCCGCCGCGCACGCCUGGCGCACGCUCUUCUUCCUCUGCAAGGGACACGAGGGCUCCUUCCUCUACGCCUUCCUGAACCUCCUGGUCAGCGCCUCUGUGGUCUUCCUCGUCUUCAUCGCCAGCACCAUCGUGAGCGUGGGCUUCACCAUGUGGUGUGAUGCCAUCACGGAGAAGGGCACGGUGCCCCACAGCUGUGAAGAGCUCCAGGACAUCAAUUUGGAGCUGAGCGUGGACAACUCUGCCUUCUAUGACCAGUUUGCCAUCGCCCAGUUUGGCCUCUGGGCCUCGUGGCUGGCCUGGCUGGCCAUCACCAUCCUGGCUUUCCUGAAAGUCUACCACAACUACCGCCAGGAGGACCUGCUGGACAACCUGGUCCACGAGAAGGAGCUGCUCCUGGCCAGGCCGACCCCCCGGGCCUCCUUCCAGGAGGAGAAGAGCGCUGUCAUCUAGGACGCCCCCCACCCCGCCCGGUGCUCAUGGCCCGACCCAGGGGAGCAGCUGGGGACUCUGCCUUGCCCCGCCUGCCCCUCGCCUUGCAUGUCUCCCUUCGGCACUGUGUGAUGUGAGUGACCCUGCUCACCCAAGCACCCCAUUCCCACCUUGAGUGUGGCAGUUGACUAGGGUGGGCGUCAGCCCUCAGACAGGGACACACAGAGACUGCGGGACCCCCUCCGGGCCUCACGCACACGCAACACGCCUGUCCCAGGGGCACUGGCGGGCGAGCCUAGGUGGGGGGCGGUCCACCCUCUUGGACGCCUCUGGCCAUAGGGCUUGCAGGUCCUGCCUCGGCUGGACGCUGUCUCCACCUGCUUGCCCAGGUGUGAUUCUGUACCCAAUCCUGUGGCAGCAGCCCGUGUCCCCAGAGUGACCCCAACCCACGAUGGCCACUCGUCACUCUUGUCCCUUGUUCCUGAGCAGUGUGUGGGGCCUGGGAGCAGGGGGCCGACGGCAGGAAGGAGCUGCCCUGCCCUGUGUGGCCCGUCUUCUGGCCCCGCGCUUCCCCCACCCUGCCGCAGGGCUGAGUUCCCUGUGCUCUGGCUCUGUGGCCCCCGGUGGCCAGGCGGGUCUCAGCAUCCAAAGCGCAGGGCCAGUGGUGUUGCCUGCAGUCAGGUGGUGGCUGUGCGGGCGUCCUGGCAAGUGGCUGUGGUGUCAGAGCUGGGAGCCGGCGCCUGGUGCCCCAGGACUGGCUGGGAGGGCCCCCCAUGGCCCCGCCUGGAGGGGCACGGUGUGGGGAGGUGGGACAUGGGCUGGGGGGCAUCCCACCUCCUAUGGAGGGAGGGAUGGGGCAGGUGCCGCUGCAGGUGCCUGCACGCAUGUGAGUGCACGCGAGGGUGUGAAGGUGUGUGUGUGAUAUGAGUGUGUGCACACACAUGGUCUGCAUGGGGAGGGUGUGUGCGCGAGCUGUGUGUGAGCACGCAUGUGCACAAGUGUGAGUGUGAACAUGUGUGUGCACGAGAAUAUGGGUAAGUGCACGUGAGCGUGCAUGUGUGUGAGUGUGCACUGGAAGGUGUGAGCAGAGAUCAGAGCGGGGGAGGACACAGCAGCUCCUUGAGCAUGCGUGUGCACAAGUGUGAGUGUGAACACGAGUGUGUGCACACACGUGGAAGUCUGCAUGGGGAGGGUGUGUGAGCACGCGUGUGCACAAGUGUGAGUGUGAACAUGCGUGUGCACGAGAAUGUGGGUAAGUGCGCGUGAGCGAGCGUGUGUGUGUGAGUGUGCACUGGAAGGUGUGAGCAGAGAUCAGAGCGGGGGGAGGACACAGCAGCUCCUUGGUACCUUCACCCACUGGGACGUCCCCAGCACCCCUGGCACCUCAGUGGAGGGGCUGCCUUCCCAUCUGAUGGCGUCCAAAGCACCGAGGCCCCCGAGGACACGACCCCAUCCACACGGAGGCAGGAAGAGGAUUUGGGGGUGGAAAUGGGACCCUAGAGCCCAGUGAUGAGCAACCUGGGGCUGCUUGGCUGUGGAUGCCCCUCCUCACAGGGCUCCCCGGCUUCUGCAACAGUACACAGUCCCCCGAGUCCUGCGCAGGAGUGGGGCACCCCUUCCCCUGGGCUCAGUGAGAGCCCGUUUCCUGGGCUGACCCUCCAGGGAAGGAGAGACCCGGCUGCCCAUGUCCAUGCCUUGUGCUGCCAGAGGUCAGUUUGGUCUCCCACGUGGGGGGCACAGGGUCUCCAGAGGCCGUGGAUCUGGGUCUGGAUCGAGGUGCCGAGUAGGGCAGGGAGCCUGGGCCAGGGAGGGGGGCCCGCAGGUCACCUGUACAGAUCCUGCUCAGGGGCGCCUGUCAGUGGGGGAGAUCGAGGCCAGGUGGAUGAGGGCCCCGGCAUUGCAGAGGCGCUCUGGCCCCAGGGCCUGGCCGAGAACGCCAGGCAGCGCGGCUGGCCGGUCCCUGGGGGAGUUGUGUUGGCAGAACUGAGGCGCCCAGCAGAUCUGCCCUCACCGGGCACUCGCGCACAGGCUGUGGGGACCCUCUCCGGCCCCGGAGAGUUCCGGUCUGUUGGCAGCAACCAGCCAGGCCCCGGGAAGGACGAGCAGGGUCAGGCCAUGGACUCUGGAGCCUGAGGGUCCACGGCAGGCUUGGGUGUGCCCGUCGCAGCUGCCCCUCAUGGGUUCCUGGGAGCCGGUGUGGGGCACCCCUCGCUCAGGCUGGCAGAGACGUGUGUCCACAUGCACCUCUGAGGGUCACCUGCAGAGUGGGGCUCGUCCCUGGCACGGACCUGUCUCAGACCGGGGGUACCUCCAGAUGUCUGUGCCCGGGGGCUUCCCGGAGAGGGUAGUGGGACCGCGCUGUGUGCCCUGCAGGGGGCGGGGGGCGAGGGCGCCCCGGGGCGGACUGGAAGGGCAGGGGGUGGCCCCAGGCUUCCUGAGACGGGACCACAGGAUCUCUUCUGCCUGGUGCCUUGCUUCUCCCAGCUGCUGUUGGAUAAUGCGUCUUUGUUUUCAUUCUACUUCUGACGAAAUUGAAAGUGAUGAUUCUUCCACUUAAGUGUAUCUAUUUCUCAAAGUCAAAAUAAACA